AGCGAGCGCGCAGGCAGGCGGCUGCCAGCAGCUCAUCCCCUCGCUCCUGGCGGCGCCUGCUCGCAGAAGCUCCCGGAUCCAGACACGCGCAAGGCGCUGUCCUUUCAGCACCACGAGCCCGGCCGAGGAGGGAGGACUCUUGGCCGUGCUCCUGCUCUCCAAAUUGGCUUGAAUCUGCUCGGACCCCCAAGAGUGCAGCACAGUCCGGGAAGAAAGGCACAAGGAUGGUGAAGCUGAACGGGACCCCGGGCGAGAAGGGCGCCAAGCCGCCCUCGGUGGAGGAUGGCUUCCAGACCGUCCCUCUCAUCACCCCCCUGGAGGUGAAUCACCUGCAGCUGCCCGCUCCCGAAAAGGUGAUCGUGAAGACAAGAACGGAGUACCAGCCCGAACAGAAGAACAAAGGGAAGUUCCGGGUGCCGAAGAUCGCCGAGUUUACGGUCACCAUCCUGGUCAGCCUGGCCCUCGCCUUCCUUGCCUGCAUCGUGUUCCUGGUGGUUUACAAAGCCUUCACCUACGACCACAGCUGCCCCGAGGGGUUUGUCUACAAGCACAAGCGCUGCAUCCCGGCCUCCCUGGACGCCUACUACUCGUCGCAGGAGCCCAGCUCCCGGAGCCGCUUCUACACGGUCAUCAGCCACUACAGCGUGGCCAAGCAGAGCACCGCCCGCGCCAUCGGGCCCUGGCUCUCGGCCGCCGCCGUCAUCCACGAGCCCAAGCCGCCCAAGACCCAGGGCCACUAGGGGCCACCGCAGCCGGGGGGCGGGGCGCAGGGGGGACCCCGCUGGCUAAAAGCUCCAGUUACCAGACCAGGCUGUCCUCCCGGGGUGGGGGGCGGGGGGCUCCCCUGAACUUCCAUGCGCUGGCGUCGUCCAAAUCGCUUUCUUUUCAUCCCUGGUAUUGUCGCUUCUCCCCGAGUCCGGCUCGUGUACAAAGGCAUGUUGCGUGUUGACCGUCCCCAUGUAAGACAUGUUCAAGGCCACUGCUUAGUGUUUGUUAGGAAACAUUAAAAACAGGACAGGAGACAGAACACCAACAGGAAAAGGGUGAGCAGGCUGCGUGGGGAGGCGUGGAGGGCAGCGAGGACCCUCGGCUGCUCAGAUGAGGGGCCGCAGCUUCUGUGUGGGCUCUGGGGGUGCGGGACCCGGGGCGACACAGGGGGGCUCUGUGGGAGCCACAGCUCACGGUCACAGCCCCCAGCAGGGGUGCCCGGCAGUCGGCACAGACGUGUGAGGGUUUCCGAGCCGCCUGGGGGGGUGGUGUCCGCAAACAGGAGCGGGCGACUCCCUGUGUCUUUUCCUGGUGUUUCUAGAGCCUCACCUGGGCGCUGCCCUCGUUCCUGACAGGCCGGGGGGGGG